AUGAAGCUCCAAGUAGGUGCUGCGCUGGCAACCUUUAACCUUCUUGCGCAUUACAGCCACUCUUACAUCGAACUCACGGAAAGGCGCGGAGAUCUGCACCCACCACCCUCAGCACCUGGCCUGGACGUGGAAGAUGUGGAAGAGUGGCUUGGCCACUCACCCUUUUUUCCACUUCUGGGGCCGCCGCCCCUGGAAGUGACAGACGAGGAGGCGGAGUUUGAGGCGGGCUGGGAAGCACUGCGCGACCUCCUCGACUCCGUUUCUGCUCGCGGCUACGCCGGGGCGUUGUGGGACCUCGAUGGUGGUGCUGCUGACGAUGGCGAGGGCAAGAAAAUGUGGGCAUCGUUUACAAAGACGAGGGCAGCGAGAAAGCGGGGCGGCCACGCGAGCUUGAUCCGGCACGUCGCACUCACCUGUGUCGAUGAGGCUGACGGGGAGGUGCAGAUAGAUGCCAAGGACCACAGCUACUACGAUGUCGAUUGGAAUUCCGGCACAGUUUGGGCGGGGGUGCACAAGCUUGGGAGCGGGUCCAUCGUGCACCUCGUGGGGAACAUGUCUGCACCAUGGCUGGUGGAUGGGUGGAUGCGGACAAGCCAGACUACAAGUUUCACUGUGGAGGAGCUGGGGGCCGCUGAAGGUGACUCUCAGGAACUGGAAUUCGGGGGUGUUGCAAUAGAGUGGGUGCGGGAAAGACGUGUGAGUGCAAAACGCAUGCGACAGACCUGCGAUGCCAAAGUGCGCCAACUUAACUUCGCCAACUUCAAUGUAGGUGACCAAAACUUGGAGACUGUGGAUAGCGCGACGAGUGAAUACGAUGUGGUCAUUGUGCAGGAGGUUGCCAGGGGUGAGCCGGGAUGGGGGCAGGUGGAUAUUUUCAUUGGGUAG